CAUUAUGCACCACUAGCACAGCAGUCGUUUAAUUCACCAUGUGCCGGCAUACUGUGAUUAUAGUGCGCUUAACCUUUGCAGCAGCGUUGCUGUACUAUGUUUACGGUCAAGCGGGAUACUUCGUUCCCGCAGGUGGUGCUCCCUACGGCGGCGGUGGUUACGGAGGAUAUGGCGGCUACGGUGGUGGAUAUCCGGGUUAUGGCGGUGGAGGUUACGGAUAUGGGCUCCCGCCGGGAUGCUACGGCUCUCAGCAGUACGGAGCAUAUCCACCAUACGGAGGCUACGGCGGAGGUUACGGUGGAUACGGUGGCGGAUACGGAGGUUACGGCUACAACAGCAGUGCCUACAACGCCAGUUACACCACUUGCUCCUACAACUACACCAUCCCACAGGCCAUCGUCGUCAAACUAGUGUCCAGUUCCUUCACGGGCAUGGACGUCACGCUGCCGCCAGUGAAUUUCACCUCGUACAAUAUUCCGUACUACCCACCGCCUCGCUAUUAUCCCCCACCCGUUCGCCGGCCUCCACCGUACGGUCAGAGCUAUGUACCGCCCCCCGGACCACCCGCCUACCGGCCUCCAGGACCACCAUCGGCCGGCUAUGCGUCCCCCUAUCUUCCUCGCUUGGGAGCGCUACCGGCGGCGGCGUCAGACGCCCCAUACGGAGCGGCUUAUGCGGAUCCGGGCGCGCGAGCUACCCAGCCGGAAUUUCCGCCCACAUACUCGCAGAAUUCUUACACGGGUCCCCAGCAAUAUCCCUAUAAUGUGUACGAUCGGGCCAAUGUGCAUGGAUUAGUUUCAAAAUAAUGCACGAGCUUUCCGUGCGCUCAAUAAAAUUCCGUGAAUUUUAUCUAGA